UAUAGAUCUAGUUGAUAGAUUUCUAAAUAGUCCGUGCUUGUGAAACAUAUCUAGGACUAGACCUAUAGCCUAUACUUUAAAGUGGUUAGUAAAUCAGCAUAUUCAACCAUGAAUAAGUCUAUAUCAUUUCUUCUGUACUGAGCUGCAAUCACACAGGUAUGCAACUCUGGGAUUACAAAUGUGAUUGAAUUAGAUCUAGAUCUAGAGAUCAAUCUUAGUGUAUCUACAACCUAGACUCUGAGGUCAGGAUGCUAUGCUAGUGACACUAGUGUCACAUUUCAAAAUAUUAAAUUGGAAUUUGAGACCAAGGACGGGCGUUGAAUCUUGAAGAUAUGCCUAGAUUUGAGUAACGACCAAUUAUAGGCCUACUCAUUCUGAGAACCCUACAAUAAAAAAAACAAAAUGCAAGAUUUUUCAGGUGCAUUCAAGUAUUCCAGAAAACGCUACAGAAUUUCCCCCAUUUUGAGGUUCCCUGAAUGUGUAGUGCGUAUUCUGUACUCCUGGGUGAGUCGCCUGGCCAGGGGAGCAGUCCGACGUGUGUACGGUCUAAGCCAGCACCUCAAGAAGAGCCCAACUCAACGUUACGCCCUGUUGGUCGCUGCCUUUGUCAUUGUGUGUAUCGUAUUAUGUAGAAGAAGAGCACCAUCCAAAGACUUGGGGACAUGCACCUACAAGACAUGUCCUCGAGUCAAGGACGGGACGAUGAACAUUCAUCUGAUUCCAUACAGUCACGUGGAUGUCGGCUGGCUGGACACAGUUGAUGAUUACUACACAGGAGACAAAAAUGCUCGGGGCUGUGUUCGGUGUAUCCUGAAUUCGACUAUUAAUCAACUGUUGGUUAAUCGGUCUCGACGUUUCAGCUUUGUGGAAAUGAAAUAUUUCUCCCGUUACUGGGAGGAUGCGAGCCCUGGAGAGAGAGACGUCAUUCGACAGCUCCUGGCAGAACGCCGUCUGGAAAUUUUGGGUGGAGCUUGGGUAAUGGGAGAUGCCGCUGUAACGCUCUAUAAUGAUUUCAUUGACCAACAAACUCUGGGCCUCCAGUUCAUCCAUGACACGCUCGGCCCGUGUGCUCUACCUAGGUGUGUAUGGCACAUGGACCAGUUCGGCCACUCGCGAGAGUACGCAUCACUCCUGGCGCAGAUGGGGUUCGAUGCGCUGUUUGUCUCCAGAGUACCACAGCGGGAGAAAGAGGAAAGAAAAAUCUCUAAGUCAAUGGAGUUCCUGUGGCUAGGGAGUCCCAAAAAUUUAAAGAGACAGUCUGCAAUCUUUACUCAUGUGGCCUAUGAAACCUAUGAUGCACCUAGAAGUUAUUUGUUAGAAGCUGUCAAAUACAGGAUUAUGAAGAAUUAUGAAGUUGGUGACUUCGUGACAGACAUCCUUGCUUGGUCUCAAGCUUACAAAACCAACCACCUCAUGGUGACCAUGGGUUCCGACUUUGGCUACCGAAAUUCUGAAUUCUGGUAUAGAAUGCAGGACGAACUGAUAUCUGGUAUCAAUAGCAUGGAACCAGUUAAAGGCCUGAAGUUAAACGCCCUGUACUCUACGCCUUCCUGUUAUGCCUACUACGUGUCACAAGGACUUACUGACCUUGAAAUCAAAAGCAACGACAUGCUUCCCUACAGUACUUUAGAUACCAAUGAUCAAGUCAUGGUCUUCUGGACAGGUUACUACACUUCACGGCCAGGUCUCAAGAGACACAUUAGGUACGCUGGACAGAUACUACAGGGCUGUAAACAGAUGAUGAUAUUCGCAAAGUUAUUCUUCAUGAAAAAAAUGGUAGACAAAUUGCGUGACGUGAUGGGUGUGAUGCAACAUCAUGACGCAAUAACGGGAACACAGAAGCAGGUAGUAGCCGAUGACUAUAACCGUAUGUUGAGUGAAGGCAUUCUACAGUGUCAGUCUGUCAUGUCCAAGGCUUACUCUACAUUGUGGUUGAUCGAAGAGGACAGGAGCUACUCAAACAUUUCUUCCCAGUUCUGUCCAGACUUAAACAUCAGUUCGUGCCCUGUCUCUGAGUACAAUGACAUGUUCUGUGUGUCCGUGUACAACUCUUUGGGAUGGUCAGUAACAACGACGGUCAGAUUCCCAAUAACAAAAUGUAGUGUGGUCAUCUCUCAUGGCUUAAACGACACAAUACCAUUUCAGCUCGUUCCAGUGGCCAAAAAAAUUCUGGAGAUUCCUGAAAGAAAUACUCGAGCUGAGACUGAAGUUAUUUUCCAAGUGACCCUCGAACCCAUGGCUUACAAAACAUUUUCUGUUCAACAGAUUCAGUGCAAAAUGGCGCCACAGUCUCACAAACAAGAAAAGAAAAAUGAAUUAUCGAUUGAAAAUGAAUAUCUAAAGCUGUACUUCAGUCGCUCCAGUGGACGUCUCUUAGCCCUGAGAAACAAGGAAACAAAGAAAAAUGUCCGACUGACCCAAGACUUUGCCUACUAUGAAAGUUACAAGGGUGGCGCGUAUUCCUUCACUGCUGCGUCAUUUAAGCCAGUGUCCUUCAGCCCCAGUGGUCCAGUACUUAUUACUAAAAAUAAGGGCAGUAUUGUGGAGGAGAUACACCAAACAUUCAAUGAAUCCGUCUCCCAGGUAGUUCGGCUGUACAGGGGAGAGAAGUUUGCUGAAUUUCAAUGGAUCGUCGGUCCUAUGAACAGCAGUUAUGAGCAUGCUGUCCAAGUAAUCUCUCGGUACACAAGUGAUCUGAACAGUGGUCAGAUAUUUUAUACUGACUCAAAUGGCAGAGAAACCAUGGAACGACGACGAUACAAUAGAACAUUGAUAGAUAGACUUCGACAAGAUACAGUCUCAAGUAAUUACUACCCAGUAACAAGCAGCAUCUACAUUCAAGACCAUCAAAACGAUUUACAACUAACAAUCCUGCCAGACAGAUGUCAAGGUGGUAGCAGUCUCAACUCUGGACAGAUCGAACUCAUGGUACAUCGGCGAACAUUUACUGAUGAUAACUUCGGUGUUGAGGAGCCACUGAAUGAACUGGGAAGGGACAAUCAAGGCGUUAUUUAUACAGGGAAACACUUUGUAUGUCUGGACACAAUCGAAAGGUCAGCUGGGAUGAUCAAACAUUUAUCCAAAGUGAAACAACUCGAGCCCACGGUCAUGUUUACUCCCGUGUCUCCAGGCUCUAAGCUGGACUCGGCCUUUAAGAUAAGACUGCCCAAUGUCGCUCCAGUGAACAGAACUCUCUAUCUCAUGGACAGUGGACCACACAUGGACCCUAGUUUUAAUUUUACAUUUCAAUCCUUUCUAGUUGGUCCACUCCCUGACAACAUCCACGUAGUGACACUGGACUAUUUCUCCCAAGAGUCUCCUCACCUGUUCCUGUUACGGCUGGAGCACAUUUACGAAGUAGACGAGCACCCCGUCUUGUCUGAAGCUGUAAUGUUCUCACUAGAUGAACUGUUUAUUAACCUGGCAGUAGUUCAGGUAUGGGAGACAACUCUCGGCGUUUACCUGAACCCCAACACUGAGAAACUCAACUGGACCUCGAGGGACUUAAAGUCACCUCAGUUUUCUUAUUCUAACAUUCAUUACCUGACAAAGACGAUCUUAUUGAGACCAAUGGAAAUAAAAACGUUUAUUUUGAAAGUCGUAUUUGAUCCAUGGAAGAUUCAAGAAGAGCUGACUACAAAUGUGUAGUUGAUAGUCUUGUACUUGUCAGACCAAUCUUGUUGGCAUGCUAUUGGUGAACUAGUUCAAGAGAUUCAAGCUUCAAAGAAAAGUUUCCCAGAUAAAAAUUGUUCAUAUUGUUCCUGCUACGCAGGUCCCAUUACAGAAAGAGUAAAUUUAAAUUGAACAAU